CACUAUAAAUUCUCCCCGGCAGGCGCCAAAGACCACCACACACGCACGCACGCACGCACUCUCUGGCACUGUCACUCCGGGUCUCCAAGUCUCGCGUUCACGGUCACGACACACCGUGAACCCAAUCCCGUCUGCAAAUGGCGACCCCCGCGAUCGCGCUGCUUGAUCAGUCCCUGCCGUUCGGCGGCGGCUGCGGCGGCGGCGACGGCUCGGACAGGCUCAGCAAGGAGAUCUUCUCCAUCCUGGAGUCCAACUUCCUGUUCGGCGCGCAGGCGCUGGAGCCGGCCGGGGCGUGCUCCGCGGGCCGCGUGCGCGUGCUCUCCGUCGACGGGGGCGCGGACGGCGGCGCGCUCGCCGCGGCCGCGCUCGUCAGGCUCGAGCGCCGGCUGCAGGAGCUGUCGGGCAACCCCGAGGCCCGCGUGGCGGAUUACUUCGACGUGGCGGCCGGGUCCGGCGCCGGCGGGUUCCUCGCGGCCGCGCUGUUCGCGCGCCGGAUGCCCGCCGAGGCGGCGCGCGACGUCGUGGCCAAGAACCGCAAGGUGUUCUCCGGCCGCCAUGGCCGUGGCGGCCUCUUCUCCCGGCCCGAGGCGGUGUUCAAGAAGGUGUUCGGGGACCUCACCGUGCGCGACGCGGCCAAGCCGCUGCUGAUCCCCUGCUACGAUAUGGCCACGGCCGCGCCGUUCGUCUUCUCCCGCGCCGACGCCGUCGAGGCCGAGGCGUUCGACUUCCCGCUCUGGCAGGUCUGCGCGGCCGCGUGCGGGGUGGGGCCGGCCGAGGUGGCGUCCCUCGACGGGCGCACCACGCUGCGCGCCGCCGCGGCGGCAGGCGGGACCGGCGCCGGCGUGGCCAACCCGACCGCCGUGGCCGUCACCCACGUGCUCCACAACAAGCGCGAGUUCCCCUUCGCCGCCGGCGCCGGAGACCUCGUCGUGCUGUCCCUCGGCGGGAACGCCGCCGCCGGCACGGGCGCCCGCGCGUCGUCCUCCAGCCUCCUUCGCAUCGCCGGCGCGUGCCAGGCCGACAUGGUGGACCAAGCCGUAGCAAUGGCGUUCGGGGAGAGCAGAGCAACCAACUACGUCCGCAUCCAGGGCAACGGCAUUACCGCCGGAGCGACGGCGGAGGCGGCGAUGGCGGAGCGGGGGGUGGAGUCGGUCCUGUUCAGGGGCAAGAAGCUGAUGCCGCAGACCAACGGCGAGCGGCUGGACGGCGUGGCGGAGCAGCUGGUGCGGGAGCAGCACCGGAGGAUGGACAGCAAGACGCCCGUGGUGCUCAUCAAGCCGUCGGCGACGCCCAGGACGUCCUCCUCGUCGGCGUCCACGCUCAUCACCGUGUCCACCAACUCCUCCUCGGAGUCGCCCUGAGCCAAGACCAUCCACCGUCGACCCACCGGCGGCGCUGAUCUGAUUAACUAGCUUUGGGUUCCCGAUUUAUUUAUUUGUCCCGGGGCAUCUGUUGCUUGGCUUUUAGUUAGCGCGGCGCCGGCACUAGUAGUAGGGGUUUUUGGUUGCCUGCCGGCGCCACCGCCGCCCGCCCGGCCAUGGCGCUCGCUCCCGGCCGGCCCGCGAGCGCCGCCGUGGAAGAAAGAGGAGAGUGGUCGGAGUGGAAUGUGAAAGAUUUCUCUAGCUAGGAUCGAAACGGUGAGAGUGACGAGUGCGUGUGCUGUGCUGUGCUGCAACUGCAACUACGAUGUGUAACAUACUGGAGUACGUACGUACGUAGCUGGUGCGGUGCUUGCAAUGUAAUACUCCUACUACUAGAAUCGGUGUGGCUUUUGCUGGCAAGCAGUGAUAACUGUCAUGCUCGAUUUGAGCAAGGAUGGUCUCGAA